CGACAAGCUUGGCUUCCGCUUUCGUGUUCCCUCCUUCUCUGUGCGCGCGACGAAUGGCAAAGGGCGAUGAGCUCGUCAAUAUGACCCUGCCCACGAAGAAGAAGCAACAGGACGACAGCGAGCAGUUUGGCUCGGACAUCCACAAGCCCCUACAGCUACAGCGGAGACGGGUGUGGAGAGCCUGCGAGAGCUGCAGGCGCAAGAAGAUCAAGUGCGAUGGUAGCGAACCCACCUGCUCGCAAUGUAUGGCUUCGGGAUCGCAAUGCACCUGGCUACAGACGAAGGACAGGGCCGCGCUCAGCAGACACUACGUCCAAGAGCUCGAGGGACGCCUCCUACAGAUGGAGACUCUCUUCAAUCAGCUCGCACCUGUGCUCGACCAGAUUGGCAUAUCAACGAAUGGCGGCAAUCUCGCCGAGAUCCAGCGCGCCAUUCCUUCAAUUCCCGCAGAGAACAUCACGAAAGCUGCGAACAUACUUAACAACACCCCUGCCCAAGCACCCUCCGCCGAGCCUUCGCCUAUCAAGGUCGAGGAGGACGACGUGAGCGACUCGUUCGGGCAGCUCGCUGUAGACGAAUACGGGCAUGGCCGAUGGAUGGGGGGUUCGUCAUCAAUGUCCCUCAUACAGUCUCUGCGCCAGAUCACCACGACUCCCUUGCAACAUCAGUCGCCGAUGGAAGAGAAUCCUCCAGAAUCUGGCCCGAACAAGCUAUUCUUCCCCGCCACUGUGUUCUUCGGCAAAGUGCGCGCAUUACCUGGCCCUGAAGAGGUCGAGUACCCCGAGCGUGAGCUGGCCGACCGGAUGGUCGACGCUUACUUCAGCCGCCUCCAUUAUCUGCUACCGGUUAUUGACAAACCGACGUUCAUGAAGCAAUACGUCAGCCUUAUGGAUAACACCCAUGACAUCGUCAAGCACAGGACUGAGACAGCCUUCAUUUCCCUCGUAUUCGCCGUAUUUGCGUGCGGCGCACCCAUCGUCUUCCCCGACCGGAUGGACGACGGCGGUAUGGGCAUGAUCUAUUAUGAACGUGCCCUCAUCUUGCACUAUAUCAGUCAUGCAAAGAUCCAGGUAGAGCACGUCCAAUGCUUCACGCUGCUGUCUUCGUUCUUGUGUGCAGUCAACUGCCUCCCACAAGCGUGGCUGCUUAUAGGGCAAGCGGUUCGGAUGUCGCAAGACCUGGGGCUUCAUCGCUCGCCUCGCCGGCAAAGAAACCUGUCUGAGGUGCAGAAGGAGACGCAUAGGAAGAUCUUCUGGGGCGUCUACGUGAUGGACCGCAUGCUCGCACUCUCGCUCGGUCGUCCCUUGGGUAUCAACGACGCGGACUGCGACGUGGAGCAGCUCGUUCCCGUCGAUGAUGACUACCUGCCCGACUACCUCAUGCACAAGGUGGCCCCAAAUACCCGGCCCUUCCUGAUGACCGGCUUCAUCCUGCUGACUAAACUGUACCAUCUCGCCGGCCGCAUGCUCCGCGAAGUCUACUCUUUGGACAUCGUCAAGGAUAACGGGGACCCCGACAAGCAGGCUCAACUACAGCGGACGGUGGAAAUCCUUGAUACAGCCUUGCAGCGAUGGCUUGACGAAAUCCCCGAGGUUUUCAAGAAUAGGUCGGAGCGGGACGAGCAUGUUUGCGUUGGGACCGUUCUGCUCAGCCACUACUACUCCGUACAGAUGGCUCUUCACCGCAACCACCUGCCUGUGAAGCGCGUACAGGCGAACCCCAAACUCAGCGCGAAGUCGACGGUCCAGGCAGUCAACGCCGCUCGUUCCUGCAUUCACCUCGCUCCGUCGGUGAAAGCCGUUGUGCCUCCAUCCCACGACCUUGCAUUCUUCCUGCAGCACCUAUUCAGCUCCGCGGUCAUCCUUCUCCUUUACGCCAUGCACACGCCGAACACCCAGGCCGCGCAGGCCGCCAUGGAGGAGGCGAAGGCGCCCCUGGUGGCGCUGCAGUCGUGGGAGGGUGUGUGGCCCGGCGCGAAGAAGGGCCGCGAGCUUCUCUCCGAGCUGGCGCAUACGGCCGGGCAGGCGAUGGCGCGCAAUGCGAUGGAGAAGACGCCGCCGCCAGCCACCGUCGCGCCCGCCCUGGCGGAAGGCCGGCGCUCAGUGCACAUAUCGACCGCGCCCCCGAAUGCGGCGGCAGCGGGACGGGCUAUCAAGAGUCGAUCGCGGCGCAAUCUGUCGCGCGAUGGGCCUCCAUCGAACCGUAGGCUCGAUGCGGUUUCGCCCUACCGUAAUUCCCAGCGCGCCCGCUCGUCUUCGCGGCGACGCGGUCUGGAUGACGACGAGCUGACCGCUAAUCCGCUGUCGUCUUACUACAACACGUUCCCGAGUCCGGUAUCCCCACACCCGUCGCAAGCUGCCAGUCCGCACAGCUCGCCAGCCUCCGUCAACCUCCCCUCGCCAGCGCCCGGCCAGCAAAUGGACGUUGGCCAGGACAUCCCUCACAUGAGCAUGUCUGGCAGCUUCUACGGCCCUCCGCCAAUAUCCCCGUCGCGGUCCGGCUCGUCGCAGUACGAAUUCGCCGACUAUGGGAUGCAGAGCAUAGGUGGCGCCCAAGGAUGGGGCAAUGGCGUCAACGGCAACGGCGCUGGGCCCAGCGACGGGUUGGACAUGUUCCCGCCGCAGAGCUCGCAGAGCGGGCAGGCUUUUAACGGCGACCAAUACGGCGGGUACAACUCGCAUCUGACUGGCUACGACGACAUGAACAUGGGGAGUCUAUCGACUCCGCUCACAGCGCAGUUCGCGGAGCCAGGGUUGCCGUUCAGCGGUUUGGACUUCCUGCGAACGUACGGGAACACGAAUGGAAGUUAUCCGCCCGCGCGGGGGAGCAACGCCGACCUUUGGAGCAGCUUCGACGGCGCCGCAUUCCAGUACAACCCCGAGAUGCCCCUCGUCUACAACGAGAACCACACGAACGACGGGCCGGGCUGAUGCGGCGUUGCCUGUCGUCCUCCUUUUUGCCUUGGGUUGUGCUCUCGUGCGUUCCCGAUUGCGCUCCCAUAUCUAUAUGUUCGACCGUCAUCCUACGUCGUUUUUCUCCGUUCUGACCCAACCUUCCCUAUGUCUAUGUCUAUUAUCAUCCAUCUAUGGCCGCUGCUCGUUGUGGUGAAAUCUCGCUAUAUUCUUUGCUUUUUUUGUAUUUGUACAAUAUCUGUAGCACCAGCCGCAUAAUGAACACACGUACGGACUGUCAGUGUAUAAGUAUGUAGGAGGCGGGGCACGGACUUCGUACCGCGCGGGGCGUGGACAAACUGUAAACUAGGACGUUGUUGCUAAUGAACUGAAGCCGUCGGAAAUUCCUUUGCUCGAG